GUUAUUUGUACUUUUGUUUUCCCCCUCUCUCUCCUCCCCUCCAGCCCCGAGAGUACGUCUCUUUCUUCGACUCUGUUCUGCCUACGACUAAGCAUGGAGUCGGUGGACGUGACAAUCAUCGGCGCAGGCUGGAGUGGCCUCGCCGCCCUCAAAACCUACCGUCAAGUCCACCCCAAUGCGUCUAUUGUCCUGCUCGAGGCAGCCGACACCGUUGGGGGCGUGUGGGCGCAAGACCGCCUCUACGAGGGCCUGAAAUCCAACAACAUGCGCGGCACCUACGAGUUCAGCGAUUUCCCCCUGGAUGACUCCUUCGGGGUACCCCACGGGGCGCAUCUCCCGGGGCCCGUCAUCCAGCAAUACCUGGCGCGAUUCGCCGCCCACUUCAACCUCACGCCUUGCAUCCGUCUGGGGCGUCGCGUGCGCAUCAUCCAGCACGAAACAGACACCACCUGGACGCUGACCGUCGAGCACCUCGACCACCACAGCGAACUUUCCCAAACCCCAACCCCAACCCCAACCCCAACCCCAACCCCAACCACCACCAGCAUCCUCCGCACGAGCAAACUCAUCCUUGCCACGGGCAUCACCUCGCAGCCCUAUCUGCCCACCUUCCCCGGUCAGGAGACCUUCACGGCCCCGGUCUUCCACAUCAAAGACCUACGCCACCACCAAACCCAGCUCUGCGCCGCCGCCACCCACCCCGACGAGGGCAACAGGAUCGUCAUCUUCGGCGGCACCAAAUCCGCCUGGGACGCGGUCUACGCCGCCGCCACCACGAGCGCGCACCGGGUCGACUGGAUCAUCCGGGCCACGGGCCACGGGCCGAGCUGGAUGGCCCCGCCGUACGUGACGCCGCUGCACAAGUGGCUGGAGAAGCUGGUGACCACGCGACUGCUGACCUGGUUCAGCCCGUGCAUCUGGGGCGCCGCGGGGGACGGCUGCGGCCUCAUCCGCCGACUGCUGCACGGCACCUGGCUGGGGCGGCAGAUCGUCGAUGGGUUCUGGUGGGUGCUGGGCCACGACGUGCGCACGCUCAACAACUACGCCGCCCACCCGGAGACCCGCAAGCUGAUGCCCUGGAUCAGUCCGUUCUGGAUCGCCAGCGGGCUGAGUAUUCUGAACUACCCGACGGAUUUCUUCGAGCUGGUGCGCAGUGGCCGGGUGCGGGUGCAUGUGGACGAGCUGGUCGGGCUGCAGGGGGCCCGGGAGGUGGUGCUGGGGAGUGGGACGGUGCUGGACGAGGUGCGCGCCGUGGUGUGCGCGACGGGGUGGAAGACGACCCCCGAGAUCCAGUUUGUGCCCGCCGGGCUGGCGCGCGAGCUGGGGUGGCCCGAGGCGGAGGAUUGCGUGCCGGGGGAGGUGGUGCGCCUGGCGGAUCGCGAGAUUCGGGCUCGGUUCCCGCGCCUGCAGCGUCCGCCGCCGAUGGUGAAGGGGUAUCGACCCCUGAGGGGCGAUGCGCCGGCCGCCGCGGCUCAUCCGCUGCGGUUGACGCGGUUUAUGGUCCCCCUGGGCGCGCUGGGCAAGGAGCGCUCCGUCGCGGUGCUGGGCAUGACGAUGACGAUCAACACGGCGAUGGUGGCGCAGGCGCAGGCGCUGUGGGUGGCCGCCUGGAUGGGCGAGAAGCUGACGGUGAGGAGUCGCGAGAGCUGCCCGGCCCCGGCGCGCAAGCUGCUGCUGCAGCAGGCGGCGGACGAAGGGGUGGAUGCGGAUGUGGUCUGGGAGACGACGCUGCACAGCCAGUUUGGUGUGCAUCGGUAUCCGGGGGGCUUUGGACGCAGGAAUCCGGACUUUGUGUUCGAUGCCCUGCCGUAUGUGGACCUGUUGUUGCGGGAUCUGGGGUUGGAUUAUCGCCGGAAGGGGGGGAGGUUGCGGUGGUGGGAGCCUUAUGGGAUGGAGGAUUAUCGGGGGUUGGUCGAGGAAUGGCUGGAUUAG